AUGGCGCGAUUGAUGGAAUGUGCUAAUAAGACAGUGUCAGACCCCAUGCGGACAGUCAGUUUGUUCCGAGUAACCAUCGAAGCUGAAGACUCGUCCCAACACCGGCGCCCCAAGACCCCGGACCACUGCGCAAAUACCCCUCUCCUCUUAUCCCCCAGCAUGGGCCGUCUACGUCUGCUUGUGCCGCUGGCGGCUGUCCUGCUGGUCUUCUGUGUGCAGCGAGUGAGCUCCGGGGCCAGUAAGGUCGAGGUGUACAAUCUCUACACGUUCCUCUUCAGUGACGCCAACUACAACCCUUCAGUUAGGCCCGUCUCGGACACUGGCACCAGUCUUUUAGUCUACAUGGCAUUCGCUCUCAAAUCUCUUGUUUCGGUUGAUGAAAAAUCUCAAACUCUGACAACGAACGUAGACUUGGAGUUAUCAUGGGGCGACACUUUCUUGUCCUGGGACAACGCUAGCUACGGGGGCAUCGAGAGCAUCACUGUUAAGCAGAAGUACCUAUGGCUGCCAGAUAUCAUCGUUGCAAACAGCGUAUCCAUGCGAAAAGAAAUGGGAUACGACGAGCUUCCGGUUCGACUUACGGCGAAUGGAGAGUUAAUUUGGUCGCCCUCAAUACUGAUUACUACCUCCUGCGAUAUCGUCGUCACUUACUACCCUUUCGACUCUCAGGUUUGCUCUAUAGAAUUCGAAACAGCUGUAUCCAAGAACUAUGAGAUCGAUCUCAAUAUUGACCUGCAAACCCCAAUAAAUAAGGAGUUAUUCAGCCGUGAUGGGUCUUGGAUAUUGGAUGAUUUCACGGCUGAGAAUCAGGUCGAUCAAAACGACAGAUCCAAUGUGAAGUUUACCUUGCUCUUGACUCGGAGGACGACUUUCUACGUAGUGAAUAUCAUUAUGCCAGUGUUGUUCCUGUCCCUGACGGGGUCCCUGGUUUUCGCCCUGCCUGCGGACGCGGGCGAGAAGAUGGGCACGAGCAUCACAGUGCUGCUGGCUUUUGCUGUCUACCUGACCAUUGUGGCCGAGUACCUCCCGAGCACGUCUCUCAACACGUCCGUGCUAGCCCUGUACCUGACAGCCCUACUAGGCUUCACAGCGCUCAGUGUCGUGGUCUCCGUGGCCAUCCUCCGUCUGCACCACAAACCUGACGACCAGCAAGUGAGCCAGUUCUUCGCUUCUCUCACUCACGGGCUACAGAAACUCACGCCCGGGACCGGGAACAGCAACAACAGUGACGAAGUUAGGGCUGCUCACCUCGGAUUUGAUAAAGAAUCGUCAGAAAACAAGAAGACAGACAGGAACUCUGUGGUGCCCAGCCCUGGCGCUUGGUCUGAAAGGUUAGAAGAUGUCCUCGACCCGAUUUCGUCUCGAUCUUGCUCUCCAAAUCUCGUCGACGAAAACCGUUUGACCUGGAGAGAAGUCGCUGAGACGAUAGACUGGUUCUGUUUCCUGCUGUUCAGCGGUCUGAUUGUCCUCACAACUAUCGGGACGCUGUCAGUGCUCGUGAUCGGCGCAGCCAUCAACAAACCCUCCAUCUGA